AUGGAGGUUGUUCAAAAGCGCGUGGCAAUGCUGACAAACUGCGAAGUGUUGGAAUUCCUGAAAUCGCAGAAAAAAGACGAAAAAUCUUCGGAAAAACUGAAAAUGUUGAACACGGUGGUUUGGGAGACGCGCAAAUAUUUGCAAGCAUCGCCGGCCGCCACGCAAAAUUCGGAUAUGAUUGAACAACUUUUGCCGAAGCUUAAACCGUUUAAGGUGAUUUUUAGAGUGUGAAAUUUGGUGAAAUUGUAAUUUUUGCAGCUAACAACUGCUGAAACACUGCAAAUCAUCAAUUUGAGACCAAGUGCACCGGCAGAUGUAAGUUUUUCGCAAAAAAAUGAGUUGAAAAUUGACCUAAAAUCUAUUUCAGAUUCAAUUAUUAGUCGAAGAAACCGAGGAGCGAUUUCCAGCUGAAGAAGAGCUUCAAAAUUUGGUUGACGCCGUGACUUCCACUCUUCCACCACCACCACCAAAACGAUGA